AUGGCUAAAUUAAGUGUUAAGUUUCUAGCUUUGUUUUUGGUCACUUUGGCUUUGGCUACUAUUAUUUCUGCCAGGACACACAAUAUUAAGGUUGGACCGAAUGGAAAUUCUUUUUCGCCGGCAAAGGUUACUGUAAAAGUGGGUGAUAAGUUACCAACGGUUUUCACAGCGUUAUUCUAUCAGAUGAACCUGACACCUACAAAACUGAGAAAUUCUGAAAUCAUUAAACAAACUGCUGUUGCUGGUACUAAGGGUACAUUUGUGAUCACUAAAAAUACACCAUCAGUACUCGGAUUUUUCUGUGAUGUAGGUGCACACUGCGACGGGGGUAUGAAAGGUGUUAUAGAA